AUGAGCAAGAACCCGCCAUCACCUAUUUCUGAGCCAUCGGAGCCAGGGGGAAAUCUAUUGAGUUUGAGUGAGUUGAGUGGGUUAAGAGCGGUAUUAGAUGACAAACACGGGGAUGCACCAUUCCUAUACGCCACUUCACUGAAAUUAUUAAAUCACGCUAUUGAAUCUUCAAACACACUGUCAAAACAAUCAAUUCACACAAAUAACAAUAUCGAUAAAAUUGAGCUGGAGUCGUUGAAGAGGCAAGCCGAAGCUCUUUCUUGGAAAUUGGAGAGAUCUCGAUGGGAUGCACGCCUCACUCGCUGGGAAGCUCACGAUGAGAUUGAGCCUCAAGGUACCUCUGUACUUCACCAAGAUAUUCAAUCUGAGAACAGAAUGCUAGUUGGCGAUAAGCGUGUUCUUAAAAAUAAGCUCGAGGAAGCCUUACGUAGGGCGAAUAGAUUAGAAAAUGAAUUACGUCAGAUACGCGCUACGCUCAUCACCAAAGCUCAUCCAGGUAUUGAGGCCUGGAAAGACGCUGCUUGGCAUGACGGUGAUGGUUCACGCUCUGAUCAGUAUGGGAUGGGUGACGCACGCGCUGAGCAUCUACUCCUUGCUUCCAAACGUUUAAACACGCUUAUUCGCAAAUCCAAUAACCCUGAAGAACAGUCAUCGCUCCAACCCAAGCAGAUAUCGCGGCGCAAAGCCAUGCACAGUGCGUCAUCCUCCACGCCCAAACAGCAGCAGCACAAUGGCAUAGAGAAUCUCAUAAAUGCAGCUACUUCCGUCUUUGACAACCAGCACGGGCGCAGUGUGAGCAGAUCGCCUACCAAGCCUCGACCAUACUCCCCAUCCCCUCAAACCUCGCCGAAGCGAAGAAGACUACCAGCAAUCAACACCAUAUCUAACAGCACUGACAGAAAGAAUUACGUUACUGGUGGGGAGAACAGGAACGAGGAUCCAUAUCUACACUACAAUUCGAGUCCAACGAAACCAACAACACAGAUGAAGGAGCAGCAGCAGGACAACAAGGGGUCGGCGCUUGAUUUUCUCGCCGAUCACGCAGUGGAACAGAGCAAUAAUGAAACACCGACGAGCUCGUAUGCGCUGCCACCUAAGCUGAACGCACUCGAGAAGGAUAGAGAGCAUAUCAACGAGUUGGGACCACCACUGCGACUGAGAGGCAGCUCCCCGCCGACGCCCUCUUCGCCUGUUGAAUCCCCAACGAAGAAGCGACUCACAUGGGGCACACCUAAGACGGAUGCAAGCAGCCCACGCGUAAAGACUGAGCCGGGAGUGGGAAUGAGUGGUUUAGGGGUGAGUGCGACACCUCCAAUGCCUCAACAGGCAGUAGUGCAUCCACAGCAAGGAGCGGGAGUACAAAGCGUACAGGAAGGACAAACACCACAAAUACAACACACACAACUUACAAAACACACACAAAAUACACCUCAACCUCCACCUUCAAUUGUCGCCCCUCAUCCAAUGCAGCAACACCCCUCGCAUCACCCAUCGGCAGCAUUCAGCAUCCCACCAGCUGGGUUCACUUCAAUGCGACCAGUGGGACCUUCGAACAAUUCGCGUGCGCCAUACACUAAGUGGACAGGUGCGGAAGAUGCGCUCCUCGCGAAAGCGGUGUCAAUCCAUGGACAGAAAUGGGAUGCGGUGAGCAAGAUGGUGGGAACUCGCUCGUACCACCAAGUACGACAGCGAUACCUGCGCAAGUCUGGACAAAACGGGACAGGGGGCAAGUUGGGACAACACAACACGCGCAAUAGCAAUAGUAACAAUACGAGUUAUGAUAGAGAUGACAGGGAAGAUGAGGAUGAUGAAAGUAUGGAUUAUAGCAAUCACUCUACACCUCAACCUAACGCUAAUGCGGGAGGUAGUUCUCAUAAUACACCGGCUUCUCACCGACCCAACACCAGAGCUAACUCGCCGUCAAGGAAGGAAGUCUUUGCCAAGUAG